ACUAUUUCGGCUCUAGGAGUCGGGGGCAUCGAUACAGUUGCAUCUCCGAAAUCAAAGAACAAGAAUUUCCUUUGCAUAUUCUCAGCUCUUCUAGAUGGUACUAGACUCUUCACGAAAGCUCUCCUCUACUUCACUUUAUGAACCUUAAACCCUGGGUGGCUCGGUGUCAUUGAAGAACAAGAAAAAUGUUCGGAGUGGUAUUCCCCAACCGAAGCUUCCCAAUGGACAUCUCCAGCUUCACCCAAAUCGACACCUUCCAUUGGAUCCUCGAUAUGAACACCUUCGUUGGUGAGGCCUACGAUCAAACUCGUGAGAUAUGCAUCUUCCUUUUGAACAACUUCACUUUGCCUCCAGACAAGGCUUUAGCUGUCUACGUUCAGUCCCCUGGCUCACCUUUCGUUUUCUGCGGCGCCGUCACUCUACAACGUCCCUCCGCUGUGCUUUCCCUGCUGUGGCCUGAGCUUGGUGGCCAGAUGCAGUUGACCGCACCAGAUUCUGCCACGCUCUCCGCCAAGAUCGGUGUGUCAGUGGAGGAUCUAGCUGCGCUGCCGUCGUUGGAUGUGGCUGCUGAGAAGAAGAUCGAACGGCUGGCGUUGAAAGUUGGGGAGAACUUGUUCAACUUUAUGCAGUCGUUUUGUGGGGUUGAUGGGUCCAGGUUGGUGGUGCCUAUGGACAUUUUGGAUAGAUGGUUUAAAAAAUUUCAGGAGAAAGCCAAGCGUGAUCCUGACUACUUGAAGGGUUUCGCCUUGUAAUUUUCUGUAACUUUCUUUCUCAAGGAACAACCUCAUAGCCAGUUAUUGUAGCUGCAUGGGAGGCCUCCUUUGUUUUGUUGCAAGUCCCAUCAUCACCCUUGUAGGGGUAAGUGACUUCAGAUGCAAUGCCAUGGUUACGAAUUAUGAAUUCGAAUGCAUCUUCCAUUUCACCACCUGCACAGCCUUGAUCCUCACCCUGGGUGUCACAAUCUACCAGCUCUUGCUCAGACAGGGAAAUUAAUUUUCCUGUAGUUAGUUGGUGAAUUCCUUCAGUCGCCGCCACAGCUGAAAAUGCCCAGCAGCUACCUGUUUGAAAAUGUGUAGUUCAUUAUUUUGGGUCAUCAAUGCAAGCAGGCUUUAGUUGUAUGCUUGAAGUUACUUAUCACUUACCGCAUUGGGCUUGGUCCUUGA